UGCAGUCAGACCAGACAGGCGAGCAUCGCUGAUCGGACCCGAACUAAAGCAGAAAGAAACACCAUCGGUAUCGAAGCUCUCUGCCUCUGUUGUGUGGGCCGCAUUAGCCGAAAAAGCAGAGUCCCUGAUCGCGAGCCGAAUGGCGCGUCCAGCCGUCUGAUCCGAGUCGUUGACCGAAGCAGCAGCGACGCCGAGCGCGUGGCCCUGGCCGCCGUAAUGCACAAGCUGAAGAGCUCGCAGCGCGACAAGGUACGCAAAUUCAUGUCGUUCACGCAGGCCGGUGAGACGACGGCCAUCUACUGCCUCACCCACAAUGAUUGGAAGUUGGCCCAGGCCACGGACAACUACUACCAAAACCCGGACUACUACUGCAAGGAGUCCAAAAUCAGCGUCGAUAAGAGAAAAGUCGAGCACAUUUUCUCCGCCUACCGAGAUCCGACCGAGCAGGAUAAGAUCACGGCGGAGGGCGUGGAACGGUUCCUCAAUGACCUGUGCCUCCCUCCAGAUUCAAUCAAAGUGCUCAUCUUCGCGUGGAAGUGCAAGGCGGCCGUCCAGUGUGAAUUCUCCAGAGACGAGUUUGUCACUGGCUUGAGUGACCUGGGUUGUGACUCGAUGGAGAAGCUGCGGAAUCGCCUCCCGGUCAUGGAGCAGGACAUCAGGGACCCAAACCACUUCAAGGAGCUGUACCAUUUCACCUUCAAUUACGCCAAGAACCCCGGCCAGAAGGGUCUCGACCUGGACAUGGCCAUCGCCUACUGGAACAUAGUGCUAAGGGGCAGGUUCAAGUUCUUGGACAUGUGGUGCCAGUUCCUCCAGGAGCAUCACAAAAGGAGCAUCCCGAAGGACACGUGGUACCUGCUGCUGGACUUUGCCGGCAUGAUCAGCGACGACAUGUCCAACUACGACGAGGAGGGCGCGUGGCCGGUGCUGAUCGACGACUUUGUAGAGUGGGCGCGGCCGCGGCUGCUCAGAUCUCACCUCGGCACGCAGGUCUAGCAGCCAGUGCCGCUCGCCAGUGUGUUUUAAACUCGCGAACCCACAAGAAAGAGACACUCCGACUCAGACGGACACAUGUUUUAUUUCUACAUGGUUUUUUUUUUCAUUUUAUUUUUGUCCAAAAAACGAUGACCCAAUGAAAUUGCUAAAAGUGUGCGCGCUGCCGAUGACAGGGGCGUGAGUGCUUUGCCGCCUGCUUAUUCUUUUUCCCUCAAUUACUCCCAUCAAGUCCCAACUCUAUAGAGAGAUAAAUAAAGACUUCUUAUAAAAUUA